CGAAUGUGAGCGGGCUUGCUGCUGUUCCAUGGCCCACUGUCUGUGGAAAAUGACCCUUGGCACCACUCUGAUCUUUAGCCUUCAGCAGUUCCCGUUGUAGCGUAGUGAGCUCGUGGACUGCUUCGCUGCUUCCAAGACGGGAGGCCUUUUCUAGACACUUGGCUUAUCCGAAGUGGCCUUUGCCUUUCUUGCUGUACGCCUUUCCCAACCCUGCCGGGCUGGAGGUGUCGUUGCCGUCGAUCUGAAGUGCAUAUUUGUAGUACCUGAUGGCUUUGUCUUCCCUUCCCGAUUCUAGUGCAAAUGCCGCUCUAACCCUGUCAUGUUCGUCAACUUUGCACCAGCUAUCCAGCGCAAAGUCCAACCUCCGAUAAACAUCUUUCACACCCCGAUAUUUCAGUUCCUCACAGAGCUGUAUCAGUGUUCCUGAUCCAAUACCCAUUACAGGUAACCCAUACCAAUGGUCAACGGUCAACCAUUGGUAUGGGUUACCUUAGCAAGUAAUCACAUAAAGUUAGCAUUAUGAAAUGUAGUACUAAUAUGUAAUGUGCACAUUCUUCUUCCAUAUAACAGAUUUAUUUCACAGUGUAAGCUUCAGAAAUAUAUAUCUGUAUCUAUAGGGAUGGGCGAGGCCCGUUCCAAGUCGAGCUCAGAAACUAAAUUCUUGGUUUCACUACGUCAUAGUUGAUGACGAUCACGUUACUGCAUAGAUUAUGCUAACGUACUAGAGAUCAUGUCAAUAUUUAUUUAUUCAUUGUGAUUUACCACAUAUUGUAGAAGGAUUGACACAACAGGUGACUAUAACCUUUUCAAGAUGCCAACCUGUGGAUAGACAGACAAGACCAAACAAAACUAGGUACCCAACUGAAUCGAGUGAGGAAAGAGGUGCAAAUGCAUUUCCCAAGGGCACAUCCGCACAGGGAUUCGAACCCUGAACCUUCAGAUUCUGAGUCAACAAACCCUAACCACAAGACCACCCUGUCACCUUAAGCUUAGACUCGGGACACAAUGGUUGUACUUUAAUACAGAUGGUUGUACUUUAAUACAGAGGGCAAUGGAGACUUCCGACUCUUUGAAUAGCAAAUAUUUUACAAUUGACGUCGAUCUUCAAGCUGGUACUGUAAACAAACGGGGCAACUCUUAUUUAAACAAAUUUGCUUUUAGCUACGCUGCAGAAACUACGUAUGCAAAUUAGCUGAUAAUUUCCUGAAUAUUUCUGCCAACUUUGAUCUGGUCUGCAGAUCAGAACACCCGCCAUGGAGCGCGACUUGUUAGAAAAGCUUCAGAAGUUUCCGAGUCCUUUUUUCUGGCACUUGAACACGUCGAUGUACGAUAACGUACAUGAAAAAUUGAGCGAGUGGAAAUGUUCCAAAGCUGACGGGCUGGCUUGUAAGAACGCCAUGGCCUUCCUGUCUUUCGCUCGGGAUAAUGACUCAUUACAGGCCCGCCAACAGUUUCAGGAGGUUUUGGAGGAAGACCCAGAGAACCUCGUGGCACUGACAAGCCUGGCUUACAUAGAUGUUAAACACAGCAAUGUGGAACAGGCAGAGACAAUGCGAAAGACGUUGGUAGAACUGAAGGAGUCGGGAGGUGAGUCUAAAGUCCAGGGCAGGUGGGCCGCCGCCAUGUUUGAAAAAGCAUUUUGCCUCACUCGAUUUGGCCAGUGGAAAUAUGUGGAGGCUCUAGGGUGCGUUGAAGAAGCCCUAAAGUUCGAUAGCAGCAACGUUGAGUGGCUAAAAACAGAGACUUUCCUGCUAACAAAACAAGUCGAGAACAAGGCAUUGCUCCGAGCGGGUCAUGGUGAAAUCAAAACUUUCCUCGACCGGGCAGCGGACAAUGUUCUCAAACUACAACAGAAGGAGCCCGGCAGUGGGGAGGUUCUUUGCAUGACGGCUGAGCUGUUUGAGGCCGCUAGAAGCACAGACCAAGGUCGAGUUUGGAUGGAAGCCUACAAGCGUAAAAACCCGAACCAAAGUCUUAAUCCAUCAGUCCUAUACCAGGAGGCUUACGCACUUUGCCCGACAGAUCAGCAUGUUUGCCGACAGGCAGUACUUCACUUCAAGGCUGUGCGUGAAUGGCAAAAGCUUGAAGAAAUCCUUCCGAAGGCUCUCAGUCAUUUUCCCAACGAUCACGUCCUUUACCAUCAAUAUGCGCUCCGAUAUUUCAUUCCGUUUCAGAAUGCACUGGCGGAAGCAAAGAAGGCUACGGGCAAGGCCAAGGAAGAGGCAGAAGCAAGUGCAAAGGUCAAGAAUAUGGCAUCCGCCUUCUUGCCCAAGGCAGAAGAGUACCUCCGAGAGGGGGUAAGGCUUGACCCGCUCUUCACACGUUGUAGGGUCUGCUUGGCCCAGUGCCUUUACUAUCAAGGUAAAGUUCAGAAGAGUUGGGAACAGUUCCGUAUCGCAGCAGAGAAUACCAGACACAACAGGAACAAAGUCGAAGCGAAAAGGGAAUGGGCCAGGCUCCUGAUCGAGGACGGGAAUGAAUCGGGAGCACUGAUGCAGCUCUGUGAGGCACUGAAGUUUGAAGAUCAGGUUGGCCAUGGCGUGCCAGUCUACCGCGGCGUGGACAACGCUCUGAAUAUCUGGUGCAAACUCGACCAACGCGACCCCAGACCUAUCCGAGUUAGGGCGGCGUUUGCACUAAAAGCGGGAUACGAAGACAGAGCCAUCGAAUGCUACAAACAAGCACUCAGAAUCGAUGAAGACGACACCUGCAGUCUGAUUGGCCUUGGAAAGGCGUACAGGAAGAAGGGCAAAGACCAUUUCGAGGAAGCCAAAAAGUGGCUUGUGAAGGCCUCUGGCCUGGGAGACGACAAAGCAGACGAUGAGCUCUUUGAACUGGAAAUGGAGAUGAUACAAAUAGAAGAGCAGAGUGGCGUCGCGAGUUCUCCUUGUCAGAAUGUGGGCCCCGGGGCAACAGAAAGCCCGCACACUUACGAGGAUGAGUAGUGUGAGUAAUGUGUAGUAAUCUUACUACCUAGUAAAGCUUGCAGAGUGCCAAAAAAUCAUAGUACGGUCAGUGAAACUGUAAGGACUAUUCAAAGACGCGAUUCUGCAGAAACUAAACAGAAAUAAACAGCAUGAUGACGUCUAAGCUGAAACAUCGGUGCGUGUAAGCUGAAACAAGUUAUAAACCGCAAAUGCAAAUGACGUAUUCUACUGUUUGAACAGCGUUUACAGACACAAGGACCGAGAAAUACCGUCUAUCUCAUGAGACGAUGGUAGCGCUCCGAGAAGAUACAGGUCAGUCAAGCUCUAAUUAACCUUUAAAAGUAAAAAAAAUAUUGGAACAGGCAGAGUACAAUGGAAAGAAAUGCAGUAUUAUUUGUCAGAAAGAAAAGAAG